GGUACUUGUUCUGUUAGUAGUUAGAUUUUGUCCUUUUCAAAAAUUUUCGUGUCCAUACGACGUUUUCAAACUAAAGGUAUAGACGCACGCCAGUGACGAACAACGGCUUCAUCAUUUCUGCAUCAAGUUUCUUUCAGUUCAUCAAAUUUCUCACGGCAUCGAUGGAGGACUACAGUGGGGCCGCUAAUCGUGGUGGCGAAGGCGGUGAUGUGGGUGACGGUGGUGGCGAAGGCGGCGGGGGCGCUAAAUUCGGUGGUGUCGAUAAUGGUGGAGCUUCUUCAAACAAUCCUCUUAAUGUGCAACCUCCCAACGCCGCGUGGAAUGAGGCACAUUCUUCUGGUCGCAACCAGAACCCCCAAAAUAAAAUGGUUUUCGGGAUGUGCCGCAGGAGGACGUGUUGCUUGUGCAUCAGUGUCUUCUUCAUAAUCGCGACGACGGUCACCGGUGUAACCAUCAAACUCAUCAACAUCUACCACAUUACGAAGGCUAUUCAAUGAAUUGUAAUGUAAAUUAAGCAGCAAUCUUUAAAGAAUAGUUC